AUGCCAUACACUUUGCUCCCCCCGCCUUUCAUAUAUAUAUAUAUAUAUAUAUACACACACACACACAAAAACACGCACAAACACACGUACCAUAAUCAAUUACCAGAAGAAGAAAGUGGCUGAUGGAAGUUUGCCGGAAGAUGGUGGCGGAGGAGCGCGGCCUGAAUUUCAAGGAAACUGAGCUUUGCCUCGGCCUUCCCGGCGGCGGCGGCGGCGGAGAACCUGACGCCGUCAAGAUUAACGGGAAGAGAGGGUUUUCCGAGACGGUUGAUCUGAAACUGAACCUUCAAUCCAACGACUCAGCUUCAACAGAUCUGAACAACGGCGGCGGCGGCGGCGCCAUGAAAAACAACAACUCAGCCGAGAAGACGGCGGCGAAUAUGGUUCCUCCCAAAGAUCCGGUCAAACCACCAGCCAAGGCACAAGUGGUGGGGUGGCCGCCGGUGCGGUCGUUCAGGAAGAACAUAGUCAUGUCUCAUCAGAAAAACAGCAGCAGCGACGAGGAGGCGGGAGGCGGCGGCGCUGCCGCCGCCUUCGUGAAGGUGUCGAUGGACGGAGCGCCGUACCUCCGUAAAGUGGACCUGAAAAUGUACAAGAGCUACCAGGAAUUCUCCGACGCCUUGGCCAAAAUGUUCAGCUCUUUCACCAUGGGUAAAUAUGGGAGCGAAGGAAUGAUAGAUUUCAUGAACGAAAGGAAAUUGAUGGAUGUGUUGAACAGUACGGAAUAUGUGCCGACUUAUGAAGAUAAGGAUGGUGACUGGAUGCUCGUGGGGGAUGUUCCAUGGGAGAUGUUUGUGAAUUCAUGCAAGCGUCUUCGUAUUAUGAAAGGAUCUGAAGCUAUUGGACUUGCGCCAAGAGCUAUGGAGAAAUGCAAGAGCAGGUGCUGAUGAUGAAAUUAUGUAAUGAUCCAGAAAUAUUGAAGCUGUUUUCUAUGUGCCCAGUAUUUGUUUUUCUUUUUUUAAUUUUUUUUUUUUUUAAAUUAUUAUAAAUUAUUUCUGGGUUUUUGUGACUGUGUCUGUAUUUGUUAUUAAUUAUUAUAUAUAUAGUAUAUAUAGAUAUGGAAAUUUGUGAUUGGACAAGAAGCAAAAUGCACUCAUCUGUUGUUCUGGCUUGUUUGUUAUAAUAUUUUUAUUAUUAUAAUGACUUUUUAUUUAA